AUGUCCUUCAGCAUUUUUGGAAUGACGGCGGAUCGUGACAGUGGGUUGAAGCUUUCGCAGACGGCAUCUUCUGGCUCUAUGAGUGAAGAGUUUGUCUGUUCUAGCAACACCAGCACCUCCAUUUUAGAUUAUCCGCUUCCGAAGGUGGCAUUUAACCAUAUUGACAGUAUAACAGACGCUGACACGGGCCUUGUCAAUGCAAUGUUGGAGCCACGGGCCACGGUUGAUGUCGGUGCUACCGACAAUAACGUGCUGUAUUGCAUAGACCCGUAUCCUGUGGAGCCUCCGUGCUACGACUUGGCCAAUCCGUCAAAAGUUAUCAGAUAUCCCAUCUAUGAGCAUUGUCGUCCGUGCCCCACUUCAGUGAAACCGCCAAGCUAUACAGCGUCGGUGGAACACUACACUGUGAUAUCCAUGAAAAUGGAGAAGCUCUCGCCCUUCGAAGGCGCUAACUCCAGGCUAUGGAACAACUUUAUCUUGCAACUGAACUCCACCCAAAUAAACUUCUACUCCAUCGACGACGAGUUGACCAAGGAUAUAAAGAAUUACCGAGGCGGUGAUAUGUUUGGCCACCACCACUUCAAGGGCGGCAGCGACCGUCACCAUGCAACCCGGUCUUUAUUGACUGCGUUCACAGGAAAACCCACUUACCAAUUCGAUAAAUACGAUAAAGAAAGAAUAUGCAGGAUAGUUGCUCAAGACAAAUCAAGGUUUCUAUCAAACGAGUACCUCUGCAGCAGCUACUCCCUGCAAUGCGCAAAAGUCGGCCUACCCAUAGAUUACUCAUCAAGAGAUUUCGUUCUGAGAAUGCGCUGUGAAGGACUGCAGUUCCUGCUGCAGUUCUCCUAUGUGGACGAACUGAUAAACUGGGCAAUGUAUUUGAACAUGGGGAUAUCGCUCUCCUUGGAUUUGGAGCUACGGGAGUUGCCCACUUAUAGAAGCGUUCCCAGAAGAAGACACGCAAGAGCAAGAAUACCUGCCAACAAGGACAAACACCACAAUAAGAACAAGAACAAGAACAAGAAGAGGAGUAAUUCCCACUCUCACGCCCCACCUUUGAGAAAAUUCAACACCUCCUCCGUUUUGCCAGUUGGUGCUGUUGCCAACGAACGUCCAAAAAACAAAUCAAGGUCAAGAAGCCUAAGCUUAUUAUCGCCAUGUUCAUCUUUGAAUCAUGGCGUGAACGGGCCGAGCAAUGUUGGUUUGUCCACGAAGAAAAAUUCUGAAGAUGAGAUAUGUGGCUUAUUUACAUCAAAACUACGGAAUUUCUUCAAGACAAAUUCCAGUUCAAGGAGAAACUCGAACAAGCCUGUUGAGCAGAGAAGGAGAUCGAGCGAACUGAACAGUGUUCAGGAAGAACUAGACGAUAACGGAAGUACAAUCAAUACGGACACUUCUUUGGUAUCCCCCAUUUUUUCACCCACAGCACACUCCGUCGCAACGUCACAGUCCUCUAUUCAUGAAAAUUUCAGAAGCAGAUCGGGCUCCAACUCCAUGGAUCCGUUGCACUGUGAUUUCUCAAUGCUGAGAAUCAGUGAUCAUGACUUGUCACAAGACAGCACUAGAGAGCCGUCACUCUUAAAUUUGGCGGACCGCACGAUUCAGGAAGAGGGGUUCAGCGAUGACGAAGACGAAGAUGACGGGAACUAUAAUGACGACGACGAAGAAUAUGGAGAUGAUGACGACAUUAAUAGACUAAUUAGUUUGGAUGAUAGGGAGUUCCAUCUCGGGGCUGCGGACUUCAAUGAAUACGGGACUGCAUUCCAUACCAAAAACCCCCCGCUAUUUAAAGGUAUUAAUCAUGAUGCAUCAAGGGGUGGAUUGUCGAAAAAUACGCACAGAAGGUGCUUGGAUAACGCUUUGAAAUGGGCUCCUGCCACGGAGCCUAUUUCAAGAAAGAGAUAUAUCAAAGAUUCGCUGCGAUGCAUUAAGCCAUUAACAGAAGAUCACCCAUGGACAGGCAAGGUCAUUUUCAAACCAGCGCCACCACCGGCUUACGAAACGAAUAAUCUACCAAUAAAAAUCCACGGCCACGAAAAUAGUAAGGAUUUAAGGCAUAUGAAAAACCAUUAUCUAAAGCCUUAUCUGGUGGGGUCAUGCGGGCUCUUGAAAACCGGUGCUAAGGUUUUCCACUCUUACGACAAAACUGACGAAGUUACGAUUAUAUGA